GUUCGAUGGAGAGCUCAACCUGCAACAAUGGUGCAAGUGUGGACCGAGGCGAAGGAAGACUCGUUGUGGCUGGUCUACUUCGUGGGCUUCAUCAUGCCGCUGCAUUCGCUGCUCGUGAUGUACCUCGAGUCACGUGGCAAGCGAAUCUCAAGCAGUCAUGUCUUGAUGUGGAUCUCAAGCCUCACGCUGUUCUCCACGCUCCUACCACUGCUUGUCCGUCAACGCAUUCAAGCCCAAAGCCCCUAUCGACUCUUGGGCGUCAGUCGAUACACCGACGCGUAUACGUGGGCUCAAGUGUACGCUGCUUUUAAGCAGCACUUCACGGAGGGAAAACUGGCGCCUGAAGCGUGGUCUCAAGUGGACGCUGCUUAUGACAUCUUGUACGACCAGCGCACUCGCCAAGCCCACGACGCAUGGGGUCCCGACUUCCAAGUGCAGCUGCAAAAAGACAUGGCGUUCAAUGUUGGAUUGUACUACAUGAUAUGGACCGUUGGCGUGUACAUUGCGACGGCGGGGCGCAAGUACCAGACUGGGCGAGACUUGUCGAUAGCGGCGCUGCUUGUCACUCUCGUGUUUGAGUUGACUGUGCGAUUCUUCAGCUACGACCCUCGCAUCACGCUUCUUGCCCAAACCACCCCGUACGAGCUCGUCAUGGCACUCCAUGUGAUCUUCCCGGCAUGCCUCCUUGGGUACAACUCGUGGAAGCGGCUCGUUUUUGUCGACAUGCUGCAGCACCGGAAUGCUUGCCUCCAAUUUGCACUACGUAACAACGAGGCAACCCGUCGCAAACUUGGCGAGCUGUCCGAGGCGGCAGUUGCCGCCGUCACCCGUGACGGGACCGAGUCGUAGGGAUGCAAUGUCGUUUUUCCGCGUUGCAAGUUUUCAAAAAAGUUCAAAUUUUUUCCAAACGUUGGGGACCGAAAUUGCCAAAUGUCCUGCAAUAUACUAAAUAAUUGGAAAUAUAUAUUGAAAUAUUCUCG